AUGAAGGGAUAUUUACCUGCACCAAUGGGCCAAGUUUUGAAUGUUUCCAACUUGCUGCACCUAUCAUCGCAGUACAAGUCUGUAACCAAAGCAGGUCUCGCCCCACGUUUGGAUACACUUUGGUACUUGGUAGCAGCUGCUACAUUUACUUCUUGCAAUGAACCUAAGGAAAUUCCUAAGUUAUACCACUUUGCAUUGCUGCAAGAGGCUAGUAAAGCUCGGGCUACUUUGUCAGAUGAAGAUAUUGCUAGACAAGUUAUUUCUUUGUUUGAAAAAGAGGAAAGGAUAAGAAGAGAAGUGUUCAGUAGGUGGUACCAGGAGCCAACCUCAGGCCAACUGCUUAUCACAAAAAGGUUUAGAGAAGCUAUUUUAAGGACGAGCGCAUUGAGUGGGCUACCAAAAGCUAUAAAUAGUCUUCGAGAAUUGGCACAAGAGACCCCUGAAAACCUAUUACCUUUCCAGCCAACAAUAUCAAGCGAUGAAACCGAUUCUCACAAAUUGUUCAAAAAUGUUCAUAGAGAUAUUGAUAUGUCUACCCAAGAGGUUGUAGACCGAGGUAUGGCUCUUUGGAAUCGUAUCUAUGGCAAAGUCUCAAAUAAAGUCAUUAACAAUCUAAACAACAGUUAUCCUGACCUUUGGUAUCAUACCAUGGCCCAUAUAUAUGGACCACUUCUUUCAGAGGCAGGAACUCUUGAUCCACAAGAAUUGAGUAUGAUAAUUAUUGCGAGCCUUGUACCCCAGGACGUUAAUGCUCAAUUAUGGGGACAUUUAAAAGGUGCAUCCAACCUAGGUUGUGAUCGUGAGGUGAUUGAUGUGGUGAGAGAUUUAAGUAUCACCAUAUCAAGAUUAUGUAAUGUUAACUGGAAAAUGGGAAUCACAAAAUUAUGA